UCUCGGGAGAUAAUCUCGUCCGGCGGCAUCGCCAAGGCCAUCAGAGUAGACGUCCGUCACGAGGACAGCAUCAAAUCUCUCGUCGACGACACCAUCUCCACAUUUGGUCGUCUAGACGUCUUAGUCUACAACUCGGGCGCCAUCCAUUGGGGUCCUCUCCCCUCGACACCAUUCAAAAAGUUUCGUCUGAUGCAGCAGGUCAAUCCGGAGGGACUAUACGCCACCAUACAAGCAUGCUACCCUCAUCUCUGCCGCUCAUGCUCUGAAUCCGAGGGCAGCCGCAUCGUCGUCGUCAGCCCCCCCAUCUACAGCCGCUUCUUCCGCGGAAAGACUGCCUACUCGAUAGGCAAGGUAGGCAUGAGCGUCCUGACAAAGGGUCUGGCCGCCGACAUCGACCGGGACGGCAGCCUGCGCGGCAGGCUUUCCAUAUCGAGCGUCUGGCCCGCCGCGGCCAUCCAGUCGGCCGCCACGGCGCGGUUCGAGCGCGAAGACGCCACGUUGGCGUCCGAGCUUCGCAGGCCGACCAUCUUCUCCGACGCCGUGCGCGCCAUCGUCCGCGCCCCCGCCGGCCUCACCAACGGUGGCCUCUUCCUCGACGAGGACUUCCUGCGCCGCCACGCCGGCGUCACCGACUUCUCGGCCUACAGCCUCGUCCCCGGGACGAGCCCUCGACGUAUCAUGCCCGUCAGCUUACCUGAUUUGACUGUUGCCGAGCAGGAUGAUGAGGGGAGACGGUAUCGUCAUCAGAGUGGGCGGGUUGGUAAAUUGUGA